CGGGGCGGACCUCUGCUUCGAAAUCGUCAAGCGAGCGAUGUCGGGCUUCGUCUAUAGUGAGGCUGUGGCCAGCCAUUACAUGCGCCAGAUCCUGGAGGCCCUGUUGUACUGCCACGAGAACGACAUCAUCCACCGGGACAUCAAGCCUCACUGCGUCCUCCUGGCGUGCAAGGAGAACAGCGCCCCGGUCAAGCUUGGGGGGUUUGGCGUGGCGAUACAACUGCAGGACGGCGAGCUGGUCAAUGGAGAUUCCACUGUAGUUAAUCCUGGCAUCGUGGAAACAAUAGGUCGAAUAGGUACGCCUCACUUUAUGAGUCCCGAGGUUGUGGAACGUCAGCCGUAUGGUAAGCCCGUCGACGUCUGGUCUGCUGGCGUUCUACUCCACAUCUUGCUGUCGGGAACUCUUCCUUUUUACGGGACCAAAGAGCGACUGUAUGACUCCAUAUGUCAAGCCAAGUUGCAUCUCAACACGCCCACGUGGGAACUGACAAGUGAACAUGCAAAGGAUCUGGUUCGGCGGAUGCUGACCUUUGACCCUAACGAGCGUAUCACCGUCAAGGAGGCUCUGAAUCACCGUUGGAUCAAGGACCGCGACAAGUAUGCUUCGCGCACGCACCUUCACUCCACGGUGGAGGAGAUGCGGAAGAUGAACGCCCGCCGGAAGCUGAAGGGCGCCGUGCUGGCCGCCGUGUCUUCGCCUCGGUGGACCAGCUUCUAUAGCGACCCGACCCUCGACCCCUACCCUGAGCUCCCCGCCGACGACGACGUGUGCAGCACAGGAGCAGUAAGCGUCGUGCUGGACUCCCUGGACGAUAUACAAUGUCUCCAGGAAUGCCCAGUGAAGGACCGAGAUUUCCUGCUCUCCGUCCUGGAAGACACGCAGCUCCACGCUCUCCUUGACGUAAGUAUUCAGUUCGCAGUUGGUGUAAACUUUCUUACGCUUGAUAAUGUAGCUGUGUUGGUCCGAGUUACUUCAGGCUUUCUAAUUGUUCAAGCUUAUGGUACCUCUGCUUCCGCCUUUCUCUCAGAAUUGUUCAAGCUUAUGGUACCUCUGCUUCCGCCUUUCUCUCAGAAUUGUUCAAGCUUAUGGUACCUCUGCUUCCGCCUUUCUCUCAGAAUUGUUCAAGCUUACGGUACCUCUGCUUCCGCCUUUCUCUCAGAAUUGUUCAAGCUUAUGUCUGAUAUACUGGAGUCUGUGUGUGUUUUAGCAGCAGAGUUUCAAGUCGUCUGUGUACAGAAGAGAACUUGUGAAAUAUUUUGUACGAUGUUGACAACAGUUUCAGACACACCUGUCUCUAUGAAGCUGAUAUUCCACGUUAGAGAAUGUUUCCUAACAAAGGAACUCAAGGUGGAAAAUGCAAUGCAGGUGGGAAAAUGUCAAGGUCGUGAUCGAUACGCCUCUGGUCUUCACACAUGUUUUUAA